AUGAACAUUAGCAAGAUUACUUGUUCAGUAGGUACACAAACAGAUGCACCAAGAGAGAAGCCUGAAGUAAAUAGGCCUUACCUUCCUCCGUCGAUGCCUGAAUCACCUGACUAUCCAGAGUCGAAUAGCAAACAAUGUCUUCCUACAUCAGAGACAUCCUCAAAAUCAGACGAUGAUGCUCGUCUUCCUCCUUCAUCGUCAAAGAUCCUUAAUGGCCUACGACUCAAAAUCUUUCGUCACCAGCAGUUAGACAAAGAUGUACAAGUUGUCAAACACAUGGUGAUUGAAACAGUCAAACUUGGUCCUAGAGAAAUACGCCGUUAUUCACCAAGAAUGAGACGUUUCCUAUGGCAAUUGAAUCGUUUCAAGGUAGAGGAUGGCAUCCUUUAUCGCACAAAGAGAGACCUGAAAAAGUCAACUAUCCUCUAUCAAGCUGUUAUCCCACAGAGUUUGGUGCCUGAAGUUCUCAAACUACUCCAUAGUCAUCCUAGUUCUGGACACUUUAGUACAGAGAGAACACUGUCUCGAGCCGAAAAUGAUAUGUACUGGCCUUACAUGCACCGAGAUAUAGUAGACCACUGUGAGACUUGCAUGGCAUGUGAGUCGUUUAGAAACCCAACUCCCUCUCAUCAAGCACCACUACAGAGUGUUACGACAAGCUACCCAUUCCAAACGGUUUAUGCUGAUAUUGCGAUGUUACCCCGCACUUCCUCUGGUUCUUCCUACAUCCUUGUAGUUGUGGAUCACUUCUCAAAAUUCAUCAAUCUUUAUGCUAUGAAGGAUCAAACAGCUACCACAGUAUCAAAACACUUGUUUGAAGAUUAUGCCAGGGAACACGGUUUACCUGAUGUAUUAUAUACUGAUCAGGGACGUCAGUUCGAAUCUUCUCUUGUUCAUCAACUUUGUAAACAGUUUGGUAUCAAGAAAACCCGCUCAUCUCCUUACCACCCCCAGGGUGCUGGCAUAGUAGAACGAACCAACCGUAUCGUCAAAGACCAGCUGGCUAAAUACUUGGCAGAAAGAGGAGGUGAAUGGGAUCAACAUCUGAAACAGGUUGAAUUAGCUUACAAUUCAACUGUACAUUCAUCAACUGGGUAUACACCUUUCUUCUUACUGUAUGGCAGAGAAGUUCGCCUCCCCCAUUCCGUACCAUCCCCAGACACAAGAUCGAAUGGUAUCACCCAUCAUCAGUAUGUUCAAGAUCUGCGUUCUCGCCUACAUCGAGCAUUUCAGUAUGCUGCUUCACGCAAUAAUGCAGCUAGAGUCAAACAGCAAGCUAAUUACAAUAAGAAGGAAAGAAAUAUCCAAUAUCUUCCUGGAGAUCUGGUUUGGCUCAACAAUCCUGCUAUGAGUAGAAGUAAGCUAGCGGCUAACUGGAAAGGACCCUACAGAAUUGUUUCGUCUUCAAUGGGGCCCACAGUUCGAAUCCUUGGUCUAGAUGAUGACAGGAAAGAGAUGGUGAUACACAAGAAUCGCAUCAAACCAUAUCGAUCUUCCACGGACCCAUCAGAUGGUAACUCCUUCAAAUAUCCUCCUUCUGGCAGACAUCCUUACUUCAGUCAAAGUCUCCCUGAUGGUCAUACUCACAAUAUGACCAAUCAUCCUUACUUCAUGCCUAAUGGUCAUACUCACAAUAUGACCUAUCCUUACUUCAUGCCUAGUGGUCAUACUCACAAUAUGACCCCUCGCCCUUCCUUCACACCUUUGUCUGGCUCCCUCCCACCAUCUUGGAGUGGAGGCCAGGCAAACCUCCCUAAUGGUCGUCUCCAUCCCGACGAUCUACCCCAAAACUCUUCAGAUGGACUACAUCCAUCCCGUAGUCCAGCCACUUGCUCUGAGGGACAUCGCCUACCUAAUGACCAAUCCUUGGCUCGACCCUCUGAUGACCAAUCCUUGGCUCAACCCCCGGAUGAUGACCAACCCUUGGCUCAACCCCUGGAUGAUGACCAACCCUUGGCUCAACCCCCGGAUGAUGACCAAACCUUGGCUCAACCCCCGGAAGAUGACCAAACCUUGGCUCAACCUCCCCGCUAUGACCAACCCCUGAUGGUACCCACUAUAAGAACUAGAUCUGGUCGCUCUGUUAAGAAACCAUCAAGAUAUAAAGACUAUGAACAAUAA